GCUAGCCAAUAUUGAAAAUACCAAAACCCAACCUCAAUUCUAUAACCGUCAAGUCAACACAGAAAUAAUUGUGCUUUUUCGGAAAUUACUUGAAUUUAACAAGUUAACCCGUUUUUAUUAACACGGUUAAUUUAUUAUGGUGAUUUCACCAUAAUAAUAUACGUCUGUUUAAAAAAAAUCGAUAGAGACAUAACAAAGCCAAAUUGACAAAGAGUUGCGUUCGUAAAUUGACCGGUUUUAAUUUUAACAGACCGAAAUGGAAGCCCUAAUUCCAGUUAUUAACAAACUCCAAGAUGUUUUUAAUACAGUUGGAUCAGAUGCCAUACAAUUACCACAAAUUGUUGUCUUAGGAUCGCAGAGUUCAGGUAAAAGUUCUGUUAUUGAGAGCUUGGUUGGAAAAUCUUUUUUACCCAGAGGAACUGGAAUUGUUACUAGAAGACCACUUAUUUUACAAUUGGUUUAUUGUCCCAAAGAAGAUAAGGAACAUAGGAAUGCUUUAGAUGGAACAAUUGAAUUAGAAGACUGGGGAGUAUUUCUUCAUACAAAAUCUCGUAUUUUUCGUAAUUUCGACGAAAUUCGUAAAGAAAUAGAAGAUGAAACUGAUCGAAUGGCCGGCGGAAAUAAAGGAAUUUGUCCCGAACCUAUAAACUUAAAAAUUUUUUCAACAAAAGUUGUUAAUUUAACAUUAGUUGACCUUCCGGGUAUUACCAAAGUUCCUGUUGGUGACCAACCGGCUGAUAUCGAAGCGCAAAUUCGCGAUUUGGUAACGAAAUAUAUUGCGAAUCCAAAUUCGAUAAUUUUAGCGGUUGUAACAGCCAAUACGGAUAUGGCCACAUCUGAAAGUUUGAAAAUAGCUAAAGACGUCGAUCCAGACGGUCGAAGAACCCUCGCGGUCGUAACAAAAUUAGAUUUAAUGGAUGCUGGGACUGACGCUAUCGAUAUUUUAUGCGGACGUGUAAUUCCGGUGAAACUAGGUAUAAUCGGGGUGGUUAAUCGAUCUCAACAAGAUAUUAUGAACAAUAAAAAUAUUAAGGAACAAUUAAAAGACGAAGCAACAUUUUUACAAAGCAAAUAUCCGACAUUAGCGACUCGAAAUGGGACUCCAUACUUAGCCAAAACUUUAAAUCGAUUAUUAAUGCAUCAUAUAAGAGAUUGUUUACCAGACUUAAAAACUAGAGUUAAUUUAAUGAUGUCACAAUUUCAAUCACUUCUUUCAUCUUACGGGGAAGAUAUUUCUGAUAAAAGCAAAACUCUCUUGCAAAUCAUUACAAAGUUUGCAUCGGCUUAUAAUUCGACAAUCGAGGGGACUGCUAGAAAUAUAGAAACGACUGAAUUAUGCGGUGGUGCAAGGAUAUGUUAUAUAUUUCACGAAACGUUUGGCAAAACUUUAGACUCCAUCCACCCUUUAGCCGGAUUAACAAAAAUGGAUAUUUUAACAGCGAUUAGAAACGCUAACGGUCCCAGACCCGCUUUAUUCGUUCCUGAAGUUUCAUUUGAAUUAUUAGUAAAGAGACAAAUUCGAAGACUCGAAGAACCAUCUUUAAGAUGCGUCGAAUUAAUUCACGAAGAAAUGCAAAGGAUAAUUCAACAUUGCGGAAGCGAAGUUCAACAAGAAAUGUUAAGAUUUCCGAAAUUGUACGAGAAAAUCGUUGACGUUGUAACUCAAUUGUUACGUAGAAGAUUACCAACAACAAAUAUUAUGGUUGAGAAUUUAGUUGCUAUUGAAUUGGCUUAUAUUAAUACGAAACAUCCCGAUUUUUAUAAAGAAAUUGCUAUGGUUCCUACGAUGAUUAAAUCUGGAGAUAAUAGAACUAACAGGCCAAAAUCUAUGUAUGGAAAAAUUCCAGUUGAUGAUCCGUCAACAAUACAAAUCGCACAACCAAGCGUUGAUCCCAACGACUUUUUUAAUUAUUUAUUUCACAUCUUACCUUCAACAAGUUAUAAUGAAUUCAUCAGUUUCGUUCAGAGGCGUUUACCGACUGACGAUAGAGAUCCAACUAAUUGGGUAUCAAACCUAAUUCCAAACGAAAAUAAAGAAAUGCAGAACCACCUAAUGAAUAAUGGUGCUGAAGAAAAUUCUCCUGAAGGUGAUAUAAGAUCGGUUUUAAGUCCAGUAAAACCAGUAAAUUUAUUACCGCAAAUACCACUUAAUAAUAGCAACUUUAGAAAACUUUCUGAGAAUGAAGAACAUGAUUGUGAAAUCAUUGAACGUUUAAUUAAAUCAUACUUUUAUAUUGUACGAAAAUCUAUACAAGAUACUGUACCUAAAGCUGUGAUGCAUUUCUUAGUAAAUUUCGUCAAAGAUAAUCUUCAAUCUGAGCUUGUUACUCAUCUUUAUAAAGCUGAUAAUGCUGAUACUUUAUUGGAUGAGUCUGAACAUAUUGCUCAAAGAAGGAAAGAAGCGGGGGAUAUGUUAAAGGCUUUACAAAGAGCUGCGCAUAUAAUCAGCGAAAUAAGAGAAACGCACAUGUGGUAAAAUCGAUCGAAUAAAAUCACAAACUAGUCAAAUACUUGUUGUGCAGAUUACCACCAGUUAUUUUCUCAAAAACUUUUAAGAAAAUCUUAGAUAAAAUGAAUUUGUUAUUGUAUCUUUACUGUUAAUAAGCAAUAUGUGUGAACACUACUUAAUAUAUUGCACCAGUUAAAUUUGUAAACGAAAUUUGUUGAUUUAAGUGAAUACGCUGAAAUAUAACUUUUUUUGUUGGUAAUAUAUUUAUAGAAAAUUUGUUGGUAACCUGUGCGCAAACCAGAAAUAAAGUUGUAACAAGUGUGUUAGUCACGAUUAGAGUAAUAAUUGCAAAAGAUUGAAACCGAUUUUUUUUUCAUGAUUUAAUUCUCUAUUUUUUUGUAAGCUUCAUAGUAAAAUUAAAUUUUUUCACGUAUUCAUUCCUCUCAACAUUCAUGAAAUCAUUAAAAUCGAUGUAGUCACGUAUUAUUAUUGCAUUUUUUGUAUUAUUUGU